UCGUCGUUGCUUUCCCCAGCUUCCGCCGCAAGCGCCCCCCAACCUCUUGCCCCCCCCUCUUUUCUUUUAAUGGUGUAUGAUGUUUGAUGUUUCUGGCAGUCCAGCUCCGUAGUAUUGUGGUUGAUGUCGGUGACCGUUGGGCGCGCAUCGAAGGUUGGCGGAAUGGUGGACUUUGCCGAGUCGGCGGCGCAGCGCGCAGGAAUAGGGUACCGUUUUUGUUUAUUCUCUCUCUUUUCCGCUCUCUCUCUCUCUCGCUACCUUCUCGGCGGGUAUGUUUCUUGUCGGCACGGCGCAGUUGCUGUCUCUUGUCUCUCUCUCUCUCUGGAGAAAGCUCUACAACACAAGUCGAUGCAGAUGCGCGAGACAUCCAACCCCCACACACCCAUAGCAUCGGGGCCGUAAAAGAAAACACCAGAAAAAGAGAACAAGGGGGGAAAAUAAGGGACCGGAACUGUACACUUACCUACGGCGGGGUUUCCUCUCUCUCUCUAUAUCCUCGGUUUCGUGUUUCUUCCCCGGGUCCAGUACAGAGUAGUACAAUCGAAAAAGAAGAACAAAAGUCUCUCACACACAGACACACACACAGAGACACACAGACACACGUCGCGCCCUGGAGAGCCAGGGAGCGGCAGGCUGGGUGAGAGAGAGAAGGGCGGUUUGUUUUUUUGGAAUACACGGACACAAGGAUGGUGUACAGGAAGAGAAAACUUAAGAAGAGGGAGGGGAGGCAAAAGGGAAAACCGAUCAACGUAAGGGAAAAGGCAAAAAGGGUAGCGGUUUUUAGGGUGGUGCGUGUGUGUGGUG